AUGAAGCUGGACGAUAGCUUGAGUGAUCUUGAUGUCAGACUUAAGUACAAGAGGGAUCGGUCAGAGGACUGGACGAAAAUAGCGGACGGAGCUCUUAGAAAGAAGAUACAGGACAGACUAGCCAAGCGGAAAAGCAGAAUGAAAGGAGCUACAGAUGCGGUCACGCGCACUAAGUGUGCUGAAACCGAGAAAAGAGUGAAACUCAAAAGCAAUGCAAACAAUCGCCGUCAAGAGUCACCAACUCCGGCCUCGAUGGGGCCACUGAAAACAUGUAACACAAACCACAUUGCUGCAAGCUACGACACUGUGGAGCAGCAGAUUGCUGUCUUCUUUACCACGCCCGGUCUUGCCGAACACCGUUUCAUUAGCCUUACACAAUUCUCUCUUAUGCGAGCUUUCGUACAGAACGCCGCCCUGCUUGCUCUCGACCCCUCUGAUUUCGCCGACGACGACUGCUUGUCGCCAUGGACCAUGUCCAACCCGUAUCCCGUGGUGGUACCACAUGACCUUGCUCCUACCCCACUCCAAUUGUGGACGCCACAUCAUCCAUAUCUAGACAUCAUUGCACCUAAGUAUCUGCGAGAUAAAAUACUUCUCACCUCAAUGGACGAUGAGACGGAGAACCAGCUGUGCCAUGCGAUACACGUAGGAGCGUUUACAGUGUGGGGCUCGCAGCCGUGGUGUGCUCAAGGUAUGCUUGCUUCUCCUACACUUUUCUACGUUGCCACUGACACUGCGGCCCUGAAGCAUGGGAACUGA